AUGGGAAUAAAUAACGCCCCGCCGGCGACCACCUCUGCCAUCGCUCAGAUCCUCCUCCCGGUCCCCGAGGCCCCAAUCGAUUGCUCAAUCCUUCCUCUCCACCGCCCCACCUUCAGGUUCACAGAUCUCGCUAUAAUUUCGACCAGCCUUCUUUUCCCCUUUCUUUGAGCGCGAGGAAUCGGUUUGAGCUGCUGAGCGCCCUGCUUGCUGCUGGUUCUUGAGCUCAGCCUCCCGCUUCUUUGAUCGUUUGGAGUUUUGAGCUGAUUUGGAGGAGGCGGGGUUGAACCGGUGGAGGGAUGUCGCGGCGGCUGUCGUUGCCGGCGAGCUCGCCGGUGACGGUGACCGUGUCGCCGACGAGAGGGAAGGGUGCUGGCGGCGGGAGCCCCGGGGAUGGGGUCGUGAGGAGGGGGUCCGGGCUCACCAGCCCCGUGCCCAGGCACUCUAUCGGCUCCUCCACCGCCACGCUGCAGGUCUCGCCGGUGCGACGGAGCGGGGGGAGCCGGUACGCGUCGAGGGACGGCGCCGACGCGAGCGCCGAGUUCGUGCACUACACCGUGCACAUCCCGCCCACGCCGGACAGGAACACGGCGUCCGCGUCCACGGACGCGCCCGUGGCUGAGGAGGAGGGGGAGGUGCUGCCGCAGAGGAGCUACGUCUCCGGCACCAUCUUCACCGGCGGCCUCAACUGCACCACGCGCGCCCACGUGCUCAGCAACUCCGCCGACGGCGCUCGGCCGGCCGCCUCCGUCAACAUGUCCUGCAAGAUGCGCGGCUGCGACAUGCCGGCGUUCCUCAACGCCGGCCGCGGCGGCCGCCCGCCCUGUGACUGCGGCUUCAUGAUCUGCGAGGAGUGCUACAUGGACUGCGUCGCGGCCGCAGGCAACUGCCCAGGCUGCAAGGAGGCCUACUCCGCGGGCAGCGACACCGACGACUCCGUCGACGAGGACGACGACGACGCCAUCUCCUCGUCGGAGGAGAGGGACCAGAUGCCCAUGACGUCCAUGUCCAAGCGCUUCUCCAUGGUUCACUCCAUCAAGAUGCCCAUGCCCAGCAGCAAUGGCAACGGCGGCGGCAAGCCGGCCGAUUUCGACCACGCCCGGUGGCUCUUCGAGACCAAGGGCACCUACGGCUACGGCAACGCUCUAUGGCCCAAGAACGAGCACGGCGGCGGCGGCAACACCGCUGGGGCCACCUCCGGAUUCGUCGGCAUCGAGGAGCCGCCCAACUUCGGUGCCCGCUGCCGCCGGCCACUGACGAGGAAGACCAGCGUCUCUCAGGCCAUCCUCAGCCCAUACAGGAUGCUGAUCGCGAUCCGGCUGGUGGCGCUGGGGUUCUUCCUGGCGUGGCGCAUCCGGCACCCCAACCCGGACGCCAUGUGGCUGUGGGCGCUGUCGGUGACGUGCGAGGUGUGGUUCGCCUUCUCAUGGCUGCUCGACAGCCUCCCCAAGCUCUGCCCCGUCAACCGCUCCUGCGACCUCGACGUCCUCGCCGACCGCUUCGAGUUGCCCACCGCCCGCAACCCCAAGGGCCGCUCCGACCUCCCCGGCAUCGACGUUUUCGUCUCCACCGCUGACCCGGAGAAGGAGCCGCCGCUUGUCACCGCGAACACCAUCCUCUCCAUCCUCGCUGCCGACUACCCGGUCGAGAAGCUCGCCUGCUACCUCUCCGACGACGGUGGCGCCCUCCUCACCUUCGAGGCGCUCGCCGAGACCGCCAGCUUCGCGCGCACCUGGGUGCCGUUCUGCCGGAAGCACGGCGUCGAGCCGCGCUGCCCGGAGUCAUACUUCGGCCAGAAGCGGGAUUUUCUCAAGAACAAGGUGCGGCUGGACUUCGUCCGCGAGAGGCGGAAGGUGAAGCGGGAGUACGACGAGUUCAAGGUGCGGGUCAACUCGCUGACGGAGGCCAUCCGACGGCGCUCCGACGCGUACAAUGCCGGCGAGGAGCUGCGAGCAAGAAGGCGCCUGCAAGAGGAGGCCGUGGCUGCUGGUGGCGCGCUGGGAGCAGCUCCGUUGGCAGAGACUGGGGCCGUGAAGGGGACCUGGAUGUCUGACGGCUCCCAGUGGCCCGGCACUUGGCUCACCGGAGCGACGGACCACGCGCGCGGCGACCAUGCUGGCAUCAUUCAGGCAAUGCUUGCGCCACCGACGUCGGAGCCAGUGCUUGGCGGUGUGCCGGCGGAGUCCGGCGCGCUGAUCGACACGACGGGCGUAGACAUCCGGCUGCCCAUGCUGGUGUACGUUUCGCGCGAGAAGAGACCCGGGUACGACCACAACAAGAAGGCCGGCGCCAUGAACGCGCUGGUCAGGACGAGCGCCAUCAUGUCGAACGGGCCCUUCAUCCUCAACCUCGACUGCGACCACUACGUGCACAACUCGGCGGCGCUCCGCGAAGGGAUGUGCUACAUGCUCGACCGCGGCGGCGACCGCGUCUGCUACGUGCAGUUCCCGCAGCGGUUCGAGGGCAUCGACCCCAAUGACCGGUACGCCAACCACAACCUCGUCUUCUUCGAUGUCGCCAUGCGCGCCAUGGACGGGCUGCAGGGCCCCAUGUACGUAGGCACGGGCUGCAUCUUCCGCCGCACCGCUCUGUAUGGGUUCAGCCCGCCGCGCGCCACCGAGCACCACGGCUGGCUCGGGAGGAAGAAAAUCAAGCUGUUCCUGAGGAAGCCCACCACGGGGAAGAAGACGGACAGGGAGAGCGAGCACGAGUCAAUGCUGCCGCCGAUCGAGGACGACGACCACAACCAGCUCGGCGACAUCGAGUCGUCGGCGCUGAUGCCGAAGCGGUUCGGCAGCUCGGCCACGUUCGUGUCGUCGAUCCCCGUUGCAGAGUACCAGGGGAGGCUCCUGCAGGACAUGCCGGGGGUGCACCAGGGCCGUCCAGCCGGCGCUCUCGCCGUGCCCCGCGAGCCGCUCGACGCCGCCACCGUCGGCGAGGCCAUCAGUGUGAUCUCGUGCUUCUACGAGGAGAAGACAGAGUGGGGGCGGCGCAUCGGGUGGAUCUACGGGUCGGUGACGGAGGACGUGGUGACCGGGUACCGGAUGCACAACCGCGGCUGGCGGUCGGUGUACUGUGUCACCCGCCGCGACGCGUUCCGAGGCACCGCGCCCAUCAACCUCACCGACCGUCUACACCAGGUGCUCCGGUGGGCGACGGGGUCCGUGGAGAUCUUCUUCUCCCGCAACAACGCCUUGUUCGCCACCCGGCGGAUGAAGCUCCUGCAGCGCGUGGCCUACUUCAACGUGGGCAUGUACCCGUUCACCUCCAUGUUCCUCAUCGUCUACUGCGUGCUCCCGGCCGUCUCCCUCUUCACCGGCAAGUUCAUCGUCCAGCACCUGAGCUCCACGUUCCUGGUCUUCCUGCUCAUCAUCACCAUCACGCUGUGCCUGCUGGCGCUGCUGGAGAUCAAGUGGUCCGGGAUCACGCUGCACGAGUGGUGGCGCAACGAGCAGUUCUGGGUGAUCGGCGGCACCAGCGCGCACCCGGCGGCGGUGCUGCAGGGCCUCCUCAAGGUGAUCGCCGGCGUGGACAUCUCCUUCACGCUCACGUCCAAGCCGGGCGGCGCGGACGACGGCGAGGAGGACACGUUCGCGGAGCUGUACGAGGUGCGGUGGAGCUUCCUGAUGGUGCCCCCCGUGACCAUCAUGAUGCUGAACGCGGUGGCGCUGGCGGUGGGGACGGCGAGGACGCUGUACAGCGAGUUCCCGCAGUGGAGCAAGCUGCUGGGCGGCGCCUUCUUCAGCUUCUGGGUGCUGUGCCACCUCUACCCCUUCGCCAAGGGGCUCCUGGGACGCCGCGGCCGCGUGCCGACCAUCGUCUUCGUCUGGUCCGGGCUCAUCUGCAUGAUCGUGUCGCUGCUCUGGGUCUACAUCAGCCCGCCUGCCGGUGCCAGGCCGGGCAUCGGCGGGUGUCAUGACAUUGUUAUUCAUCUGUGUCAAUCUGCCACCGGCUGCCACCUAGGACCUAGGAGGAUGGUGCGAGACUGCGAGAGAUUCACGAGGGAGGAAGUUCUACACAUGAGUUACUCCUGGAGCAACGAGAGAGAGGACCCAACUCUUUGUAGCAUCGACAAAUUCUUCUGCAAUGCUCAGUGGAAGGAUAGCCACCCAGAUUUCAUUCUUGCAGCCGCCUCCACCUCCUUCUCUGACCACUAUCCUCUGCUACUUACCAAGGCCACAGUUCCUUUCAGACCGGCUCGUUUCAGAUUCGAAAACUUCUGGCCUAAAUUUCCUCACUUCUUUGAAACUGUUCAGCACGCGUGGCAACGGGCACUGAAUCAUGAUUGCCCGUUCGUCAGAAUCAAGAGGAGAUUGGCUCGGGUGGUGGAUGACCUAAAGAUAUGGAGCAGAUCCACGUUUGGCAAGAUGAAGCUUCAGUUCCACGCCGCCAACGAAGUGAUCCUCAGGCUCGACUCAGCGGAAGAAUUCAGGCAGCUCUCCGCUGCUGAAUUUCACCUUAGAAAACAACUCAAGCUCAAGGUGCUGGGUAUUGCUGUGAUCAAAAGAGCCAGGAAGAAACAGGCUUCAUGGAUUGGCUGGCUGCGUGCUGGUGACGCCAACACAAAACUGAGAGCCCGGCGGAGGAAAAACUUCAUCCACUCCUUGAGAGUGGACAAUAGAGAGGUCUCUGAUCAUGCAGAUAAAGAAAAGGCCGUGUAUGAGCACUUUGCAGCUGGGAUUGGUCAGCGGGAACGCAGGGAGAAAUCACUCAACUCGGACGUUCUCGAUAUCCGAGUGAUUGAUGAUCAGGGCCUUUUGUCACCCUUCUCCAUAGCUGAAGUUUGGGCUGCGAUCGUCGCCUCCCCCUCCGAAAGAGCGCUGGGCCGAGAUGGUUUCACGGGACAAUUCUACAAAUCCUGUUGGCCAAUCAUCCAAGAGUCAUGGUUGCGUUUCAUAAAUUCCUUCAGCUUGCAGGGCAUAAUUUCUCUAAGAUCAACAAGGCACUCAUCACCCUUCUACCUAAGAAAGACGCCUAAUUCACUCUGUGGCGAAACUCAUCUCCAAGGUCUCUCGACCAAACUGGCUGCUGCUCUGAAUGACAUCAUCUCUCCGGCGACUGCAUUUCAAAAUGCGGAUGGGCUUUCCUUCGAAAUGGAGGGAUUGGAUGGCAUUGUUAUUUUGCUCUGCUUCUUCGUCAUGCCUAUUGAAUGGAAUCUCUGGGCCCUCCUUCGAGCAUGGCAAAGGGUUGAGACAAGUCAAGGAGGAGGUGGACAACUUGCUCAUCUUAGUCAUCUCCUUCGAGCAAGCAACGGGAUUGAAGCUAAAUCAAGAAAAAUCAAUGGUCAUCCCAAUAAGUUGCGAGAAUGUGCCAUUGUCGGAUGUGCUGCAGGAGUUCAAGGGGUAGACGGCUGCUUUUCCAACAAUGUAUCUGGGUCUGCCCAUCUCCCCAAGAAGACUGCGUUUAGUUCAAUUCCAAUUCAUCAUUGA